AGAAAACGAGAGGAGGAGGCUGUGUGGCAAAAUAGACGAAAGAAAGAAAGAACUAGAGAUCACUAGGUCACAUUUUCUGACAAAAACUUGCGUUUCAGCAGGCUCAUUUGUGAUUUUGUCACUUUUGAAAAGCCUUCGUUAUGCUAGCUGUCACAAUUCAUUUGAACUUUGAAUAACAGCUUCACGAGCGCGUGGUGCGGCACUCACGCGCACUCUGCUCUAGUUUCUACCUGUCCUGAGUGAUAAGCUUGAGCAGCGCCCUUGGCAGCUCCGGCUCUGGGCCCACACUGGUGUCAGUCUCUCUCUGCAGAGCCACAGCCGGCCAGCAGGACGGUCAACUCUCGCUGGGUGAAUCCCAACACGGCGGGCUCCAUGGGUAACAGCCACGGGGCUGCAGGGCUACAGCGAGCCGUCCGCAAUGUGCUAAAGAAGGCCGGGAAAAUUCAUCACAAGGCUCUUGGGACAUGUCAGAAAGCUCUUCAGGUGUGAACACUCUCACUGGCAGUUUCCCCAAAUCCCACUCAUCCCAUGGCUCUGAAUUCAGGGUUACAGGCACACCUCUCUCUGUGGACCAAAGUCCUGACUCUGGACUAGUAUCUACACCCCUUCCAUCAAGUCGGUUCCAGUUUGCGUUGUGGCAUGGCCUGGAGCAGUGUGAUGUCACAGGUGACCAGCUGACGUGCCCCAGGGUUAGAGAAGGGCCAUCAGAAGAUGAGUUACAUCUAAAAGAGAGGGGUGGCAUCUGUUUGGAGAGAGGGAGGAGCAGGAGAAGAGAGGAAGAAGGACAGAGAUGGGAGGAGAGGCUUCAAGAGAACUGGGAAAACUGUCUGGAGUUAAAUCUGUCCUAUCAGGACUUGGGUGAUCCCUUCCAGCAAGAAAAUUUCCUCCGGAUCCUCCGCCGGUUGAUCCGAGUGGAGAAACUUCAACUGAUUGACAACUCCCUCACCAGCCUGAGUUCUGUACGUCUGCCAAGGUGCAGAGUGUUAAACCUGCACCGUAACCACCUGGUGUGUCUGCGUCAGCUGCCAAAGCUCCCAGCAGUGGAGCACCUUUGUCUGUCUGAGAACGCCAUUGGUUCCCUGGGGGGACUGGGUGCUCUGGGGAACAGCCCACUCCGUUCCCUGAACCUGAUCCGCAAUCCAGUGACUUUCACUCAGGACUACCGUGCACGUGUUUUCUCCUGUUUGCCAAAGCUCGAGGUCCUGGAUGGAAUCCCCAAGCUGCCAGAAGACUCGCUGCCCCCAGGUUUACUGCUCCCAGAAACCAGCAGGAUGUGUAAUAUUUUGUGACAUUCUUCCGUGGUAGCCCGCACUUUGAAAAUGUCAGCUUUCAGAGAUCUCCUCUGAGGGAAAGUGGCUAGGUAACAUUUAAAUGAAGGACUUAGUAUUUACACAAACUGUCAUACUUACUGCCGUUAAGGUCACAGGUGAGGCAUCCAGAAGAAUAAUCGCAAGGUAAUGCUUUUAGUACCAAGUAACAACUACCAAUAUAUUACUGAUAUUUUUAAAGUGGGAUUUAUAUACAAUUUACAGCUAUUUUGAUAAUAAAUAGAAAAUACCAUCAAGACUUUGAAGUGUUUAUUUU